GAUCGAAGCAAUCUACAGGCUCUGGAGGGUGUCAACUACUUUACAGGACUACGAUUUGCGUCAUUUGUGAACAUUCGCAAUGUUUUUUAUAUCAGGAUACAGAAUAAUAUCAGCUGGAAAUUUUGCCAACAUUAUUUUUCCACUGGCCAGAAGAACUAGGCCGACGCCAUUGGAUUUGGGUUAUCUCCGACAGGUCAAUGUACAUCAAAUUCGUUCAAAAGUUCUUAUAAGACGCACCAGGGAAGACGACAUGCAGCAAGUUAGUGACCUAACUGUUGAUGUACAUUGGGACUAUUCAGUAGAGUAUCUAGAAUCUCUGCGUCAGGCGAAUCCAACAGGAUUUUACGUAGCUGAAAAAGAAAAAGGUGUAAUAAUUGGUACUGGAUACAGUAUUAUCCACUCCAAUGAUUUUGCUUUUGUCGGGAUAUCUAUAACUAAAUCUGAGCAUAGAAGGCAGGGGAUACAGAAAAUGAUGGUGAAGACGCUACUCGAGCAUGCAGGAGAUCGUAAUGUUGGAUUGACGUCACAGGGUCAAUAUCGAAGUGAAGUGUAUUCCAAAGUUGGUUUCAGACAUUUAGAUAUCAAUUUUGAGACAAUGUUGUUACGUGGGAAAGUCGACCAUUCAAUAGUAUCCCUGGAUAAUAAUGUAACUAUUGAUAUUGUGCCAUUUCGAGAAGUUUCAUUCAAUAAUUUAUUGCAACGUGGUUCCCAUGAAAUCGUAGGUUAUGGGGCCGUCUAUAAAAUGUUACCCGGUGAGUUUUCCAUAAUUCCCCUAUGUGGGGACGAUGGUAACAUUGCCAACGCGUUGUUCCAGGCAUUGUAUUGCUCUAUUCCGGAUAAGUCGAACCUUCGAGGACAUUUCGUUUGUAACAACCCCAAGGCAUUGCAGCUGGCCGCUACAUAUGGUUUACAAGAAAAUCUCAUGACCCUCAGAAGACAGUAUACCUUGAAAACUAUGUCAUUUUCACUGACACGGGUUCUUAUAAGAUGCGUCAGGCAAGAAGACAUGCAGCAAGUUAGUGAUCUAACUGUUAAUGAACAUUGGGACUUUUCAGUAGAGUAUCUAGAAUCUCUGCGUCAGGCAAAUCCAACAGGAUUUUACGUAGCUGAAAAAGAAAAAGGUGUAAUAAUUGGUAGUGGAUAUAGUAUCAUCCACUCCAAUGAUUUUGCUUUUUUCGGGCUAUCUAUAACUAAAUCUGGGCAUAGAAGGCAGGGAAUACAGAAAAAAGAUGUUGGAGACGAUACUCGAGCAUGCAGGAGACCUUCACAUGUUCUUAUAAGAUGCGCCAGGCACGAAGACAUGCAGCAAGUUAGUGAUCUAACCAUUGAUGAACAUUGGGACUUUUCAGUAGAGUAUCUAGAAUCUCUGCGUCAGGCAAAUCCAACAGGAUUUUACGUAGCUGAAAAAGAAAAAGGUGUAAUAAUUGGUGCUGGAUAUAGUCUUAUCCACUCCAGUGAUUUUGCUUUUUUCGGGCUAUCUAUAACUAAACCUGAGUAUAGAAGGCAGGGGAUACAGAAAAAGAUGUUGAGGACGAUACUCGAGCAUGCAGGGGACCGUAACGUUGGAUUAACGUCACAGGAUCAACAUCGAAGUGAAGUGUAUUCGAAAGAGUACAUUCACAAAUUAGAACCAGGCAUCAUUCAAGAGACAUCCAGUCCUAUGCCUUACAGAUUGUGUCAAGAACCAUGUCAAAUACUUAGUUGGCAAGAUUUAUCUCCUGAUGUGAAUCAGGUUCAAAAUAAGGCUGAUGUUCAAGGAAAGAUAGAGAAGGAGAAGAAUGCAAUGAGGUUAAAGAGAAAAAAUAUAGAUCAAUUAGAGAGGGAGAAGAAUGCAAUGAGAUUACAGAGAAAAAAUAUAGAUCAAUUCGAGAAGGAGAAGAAUGCAAUGAGAUUAAAGAGCAAAAAUAUAGAUCAAUUAGAGAAGGAGAAGAAUGCAAUGAGAAUAAAGAGCAAAAAUAUAGAUGAAUUAGAGAAGGAGAAGAAUGUAAUGAGAUUAAAGAGAAAAAAUAUAGAUCAAUUAGAGAGGGAGAAGAAUGCAGUGAGAUUAAAGAGAAAAAAUAUAGAUCAAUUAGAGAAGGAGGAGAAUGCAAUGAGGUUAAAGAGAAAAAAUAUAGAUCAAUUAGAAAAUGAGAAGAAUGCAAUAAGGUUAAAAAGAAAAAAUAUAGAUCAAUUAGAGAGAGAGAAGAAUGCAAUGAGAUGA